AUGGAAGAAGAGAAUGGCCGACUCCGACAGCAGCUGCUAUCAAAAGGCAGUCUGAACCUCCUGCGGCAGUCUCUGGAGACGGCACUCAAAUCGCUGGAAAGGCUCACUGGGCGCCGUGUGGGAAGGUAUGGAGCCGAUGUCGUAGACGACCAUACUUUAGUAGACUACAUCACUCAGUUAUCCGCUGCAAUUAUGCACGCUGCUUCAGAACUCGAGCGACGGCCCCAAAACACUGGGUCUCGACGAAUAAUGGAAAACGCAGGAUCAUUAAGCCAAAAAGGUUCACGGUCCUCCAAUCAGAUCACCUCUCAGGAGAACCGGCAUCCGACUCCAGCGUCUGUCGAACUGGGUAGCGACGACGCCAGGUCUAGAAGGUCAGCUGCUUCGUGUGGACCAGGGUUUCACCCAAUCGGUCUGAGCGCCACCGGGCUGAGCGCAAAGGGCUUCGAGAAUCGUCCAAGGAGCAUCACUCGCGCCGUACUAUGUGGUACGGGCAUGCUUAAGCUGAUGCCAAAAAAUCAAGCUCCAAUCACGGCAGAUGCGAGCACCAGAGCGGACUCUUAG